AUGUCCUACAUGGCCUCCCGCGUCGCCGCAAAUCAAGCAGCCUACUCCGCUGCCUUCCCAUCACCAUCAGGCUACGCCGCCAACCGCGGCCCGAUCUACGGCGAUACCUAUAGCCCGAACUCCGCCACCGCGAUGGGCUUCGGCUACGGCAGCCGUCCUUCUACCUCCUACGGUCCGGGCAGGACAACCUGGAACGACGGCCUUUACUACCCCUCCGGCUCUCCAAGCGCGGAUGCCCUGCGUGGCGCGGCGGACAUGGCUGUCACAGCGGCACGUAGGGCGUGGAACCCGAACGGGUACAUCCCCGGCGGCGGCGACAACGGCAGUGGCCCGAGUAGUGGGUUUGGCGAUGGAUGGGGAGGUCCCAACGGCCCGAUCCCGAUGGGCCUGGCGGGUUCAGGCUGGCCUGGUAUUACGCCUGGCACUUCUUACGGCCCCACCCGUAACGCAAACGGACACAAUGGGACGAAUGGGCAUGGGGAUGGUAGUUACCAACGAAACGGCAAUGCUUGGGGCCACGGAGGCUACAACGGCAAUGCGUGGGGCCAUGGCGGCAGUGGCAAUGGUCAAGGCCCUCUGUCCUGA